AUGACUAACAAUAAGCCAACAUCAGCUACUGCAGACUUUAUCUCUGGAAAUUUUGCUGGUAUGGCACAAGUAUUGGUCGGUCAACCAUUAGAUACGAUCAAGGUGCGACUUCAGUUAGAUCAUGGAAAAUUUAGAGGUGCUUGGGACUGUGCGGUUCAGACAAUACAAAAGGAAGGCUUCUUUGCUCUUUAUAAAGGUAUGGCUAGUCCAUUGGUAGGUAUUGGUGCAGUGAAUGCACUUUUGUUUACUGCCAACUCAACCAUCAAGAACCACUUCAGCAAGGACGGCCGGCCGUUGACGUUGGACAAGAUUGCUAUCGCUGGCGCUGGCGCGGGUAUUGUAAACAGUGUUUUAGCGUCUCCAGUAGAGAUGUUGAAGAUCAAAUUACAAGCACAGUAUGGGUCCAAAACGACGGCGAUCGGACGGUAUUUCACAGGGCCUCUUGACUGUGCACGCUAUCUCAUUCAGCGGGAUGGCGUCACUCAUGGACUCUUUCGAGGCUUGUGGGCUACGAUUGUACGUGAAAUACCAGCCUAUGCUGGUUUCUACACUGGGUUUGAAAUGACCAAGCGAUACCUUACAGAGAAUGGCAAGCGAGAAGCGACGGUUUUAGAGUUGAUGGCAGCAGGUGCUACCGGUGGUGUUGGUUACUGGUUAAGUUGCUAUCCCUUAGAUGUAGUGAAAUCAGUAGUACAAAAUCAAGCCGAACCACCCAAAGGCUUACGAGAUGGUUUGGCUGGAUGGUAUCGUGGUAUAGCUCCUACUAUAUUAAGAAGUAUUCCUGCAGCGGGGGCAACAUUUACAGCCUACGAAUUAAGUAUGCGUGCCUUUCAAGCAAAUGGCUGGUAA